CAAUGGGCGGUUGCUAAUGGCGGCGCUGCCCGGCUCGCGCUCGCUCGCUGCUGCCUCGGGCCCGGCCUCGCGCUCUCGCCGUUACCCUGGUUACCCGGCCUGGCCCGGCCCUCACACCCAGAGCCCGCCCGACCGAGCCGCAGAAUAACAUUGUUCUCCAAUGGAUGUCUCCGAUAGUCCUGAUCGUGACCCUCGUUCCCCAGAGGACCAGCUUUCUGAAGAUGAAGAUGACCUGUUGCUUGAGAGAGGACAUGAAAACGAUGAUGAAGAGGAUAUAGACAAGCGUUCAGACAAUGAUGGGGAAUGCAUUGAUUCUGAGGAUAAUGACCAUUGCAGUGAUGCUGAGAAUCACAGCAUUGGUGAACCUGACAAUGAGGGCAGUCGGGACGAUGGGGAAACCCAUGAAUCAGAGGUGGAAGAGGAGGAGGAAAAGUUGAGAGAGGAAGGAGAUUACAGUGAAGAAAGUGGAAAUGACGGCGAUAAUGAGGAGCCACGUAAGGACUUGGAUGCAGAAUCUGACCGAGACAACGUUGUAAGUCCAAAAAGAACUUGCAAUGCUGAGCGAACUGAAAAAGCUGUCUCUGAGAAGCAGGAUUCCCAAGCCGAUGAGGAGGCUGCGAAUGAUUCCAAGGAUGAAGCAUCCUCUGUCAUCAGGGACCUGGAUGAACAUGAACUGGACUAUGAUGAGGAGGUUCCUGAAGAACAGCCAGGGGCUGUGACGGAAGACAGUGAAAAACAAAGCACGGAGGAGAAAAGUAGCGACUCGCCCAAGGAGGGGGAAAUGGAAAAAAAUCAACUUGAAGAGAGAAAGUCUGAAAGAGACAGAAAAGAUUCAUUUCGUGAGAGGAAAAAAGAUGAGGAUGAUGGGGAGCUUGAUGAAGGAGAAGUUGAGGAUGAUGAUCUUGAGGAAGGCGAAGUAAAAGAUCCCAACGAGAGAAAAGUCCGACCAAAACCCAUCUGCAGAUUCUACAUUAAAGGUAACUGCACAUGGGGAAAUAAUUGUCGGUUUAUUCAUCCGGGAAUAAAUGACAAAGGAAACUAUUCACUGAUAGCCAAACCAGAUCCAUUUUCACCUAAUGGAGGGCAUCACCUGGGACCCCACCCACUGAUGCAGGCCAACCCCUGGGAAACACACGUCUUGGGUGCUCCAGUGAUUGAUGAAUUGAUGCCACCCAUUCCACUGGAACCUCCAGCAGAGAGUGCAUGGGAGAGAGGUCUGCGACAUGCAAAAGAGAUGCUGAAAAAAGCCACCAUCAGGAAGGAACAGGAACCAGAUUUUGAGGAAAAACGUUUCAAUGUCACCAUUGGAGAUGAUGAUUUUGACAAGGAAAAUGAUUUUUAUCGGGACUGGAAUUAUCGUGUGGCAAGAGACAUCAGAGAACCAGGGCCUGACCCCUAUAUAACUCCCUACUAUGAGCAUGAAGUUGAACGGUACUGGCGUGGUGGACAAUACGAGAACUUCAGAGUCCAGUGGACAGAGGCAGACUAUCAUUAUAGGGAAAGGGAGAGGGAAAGAGAACGAGAAAGAGAACGAGAAAGAGAACGAGAAAGAGAACGAGACAGGCACAGAGAACAACGCGAGAGGGAAAGGGAAAGAGAAAGAGAACGAGGAAACAGGAUACGAGAGAGAGAACGGGACAGAGAGCGUGAGCGUGACAAAGAACGGCAGCGGAGAAAAGAAGAGUGGGAGAGAGAGCGGGCAAAGCGAGAAGAAAAAGACAGGGCACAAAAAGACAGAGAACGGGAGAAGGAAAAACCAAAGCAAAGAUCACCGCCUCCAGCAAGCCGGCAAGUAGAACCACCCAAGAAAGAAGCUGCUCCAACGACUACUGUAAAACGAGCAGAUGAAUGGAAAGACCCAUGGCGCCGAUCCAAAUCACCCAAAAAAAGGCCAGUUUCAACAACAUCACCAGGCCGUGGGCGUAAGCGACGAAGAACAUCUGGAUCAUCCGUUUCAGUCUCUGGCUCGUCAAGGUCGUCUUCUCGUUCUUCUUCCUAUUCAGGAUCUGGCUCAUCCAGGUCGCGAUCAAGGUCGCACUCAAGAUCUUCCUCUUACAGUUCCUAUUCCAGCCAUUCCUCCAGACACAGUUCCUAUUCUGGAAGCAGAUCAAGGUCACGGUCAUUCUCAUCCUCGCCCUCCCCAACUCCAUCGCCAUCACGGGCAAAAGAUGCUGCAGGUGCAAAGACCAAAGCUGGAGCAGGCAGCAUUGGCGGAGGUGGAGAUGCUCCUGCUCCCACAGGAAAAAGUGAAAAGACUGUGAAGAAAGUGCCAUCGCCACAGCCAAUAGGGCACUCCACAGGGGCAAAGGUUCCAAAGACCACUGCAGAGGGCACGAAACCUGCUGAGAACAGAGAUGGACGAAAGAAGGAACGCCAGGCCCGAACCCCACCUAGGAGGCGGACAGCAAGUGGCAGUGGAAGUGACAGUGGCAGCAGCUACAGUGGAUCAAGCUCUCGUUCACGAUCACAUUCUCGUUCAGCAUCUCGGUCGACAUCAGCGUCUGGCUCCCAAUCUGCAUCGGGUUCCCACAGAUCUAGGUCCCUCAGUGUGAGCAGUGUGUCAUCCGUGUCGAGUGCGUCAUCAAGCAGUAGCUCCGUAAGAAGUGCUGACUCUGAGAACAUGUAUGCAGACUUAGCUAGCCCCGUCUCAUCUGCCAGCUCCCGAUCACAAGCCCCUGCUCAGAAGCAGAAGGAAAAAUUGAAACCCAAAAGAGAGGAGGCACCAAGAGACAAGGAGCGCGAGGAGAGGCGAAAACGUGAGAUUCCACCACAGCCACAGAAAUCUUCCUCCACACCAAAACCCACCCAGAUCAGCAAACCCCCACAGCUUGUCUACAGCGCACACAAGGACAUUAAACUGACGCUGCUAAACAAGCCUGCAGAUAAGGGCACCAGGAAACGGUAUGAACCUUCUGAUAAAGAGAGGCCAUCCUCUCCACCUUCCAAACGGGUCACGCUGUCUCCAGAAAGAGGGCAUCGUGAGCGGAAGGCAUUCGGAAGGCCACCAUCACCAAAGGGUGAUCGUCAGAGCAGCCGAGCACCAGCAAUGAUUAGAUCAUCGCCUGCCCAAGCAGAGAGAAAACGGCCACCUUCACCCCAGUCAAAGGUCUCGAGCAAAGUAACCAGUGUGUCUUCAAGCUCCAGCAAGUCCCAUGACACAGCAGCCUCUGCCACCACUGCAUCCUCUGCAAAAUCAAGCAAAUCCAGUACGUUAUCUCGCAGGGAGGAGCUGCUGAAACAGUUGAAAGCUGUAGAGGAUGCCAUUGCCCGCAAACGAGCGAAGAUCCCUGGCAAGGUCCAGUAGCUGUGAACCAAUCGACGCAGGACCGCAGUCUGUUGAUUAGAGACAGCUGUCAGUAUUUUCAAUGAUUAAAUCCGUGAUUUUUUCAGGAAGUAGCCAUGGGGGGGUUCCUUGGGUACCUCACUGCCAUUCUCUCAACCUCCAGACAUCCCAGUGGGUGACGGCUGCAGUUUAACUCCAGAUCUGUCAUCUUUUUUUUCCUUCUUAAAGUGGAGAGAUGGCUGCAGACUGUGAACUCUAUUACGUAUUUAACACACACACUGACGCUACGGUGGCAAUCGGUUCAAACCGUAGUCAAUGACUGGACCUGAACAUGUGAAAUCUGACCCUAGAGAAGCCACACCUUUUACACUGCUUUAGAAGUUCUUAGUGUGUGUGUUGUCUGAAGGAAUUCCCCAAAUAUUCAUAAUGUGUUACCAGAGAGCAGGUGAAUGUGCUGUCAAACGCUGCUUUCUCUUCCCCCUCCGUUUUUUGGGCAAACUUGUUCUUCUGGCUUCCCAAAUAAAUAUUCACUCUUUUAUUUUACACUUUUCAGAUUUUUAAUCUCAUGCACACACCUUAUGGUUGUGUUGGAUGUGUAGGUUGAAGACUGAGAACUCUGAAAAGAUCAUUCUGUUGACACACACAGCUGAGGUAUUGUGAUAAAGCAGGUUUUUUAUACACUGAUAACUAACACCUGCUGAAGCUGGGAGGACAGAGUAAUUGCAUCAAAUGGGCUGAGAAAUGUUCAGGAUUGACUUUUUUUUUUACAUGACUUUAAUAAAGGAUUUACUAGUUGUAAA